AUGUUAUUAUUAUUAUUAUUAUUAUUAUUAUUAUUAUUAUUAUUAUUAUUAUUAUUAUUAUUGUCUUAAUGUGCUGGAAAUGGAGGAUCCACAAAAUAAUAAUGUGAUGGGUUUGGUACCCCCAACCCCACAACCCCAAAUCAACCCAACCCAGUGUCCCCUUUUUUAAGCAGCAUCGUUGGGUAAAGUAACCCCGCUCAAUGCUUACUUAAGGGUAGAGCGGGCGGAGCUUGUAGGGUUUUACAAUGUUUAGUCUUUCCAAUCCACGUGGAUGUAACUAGAUACAUUAGAAGAACCGCAGAGCUGAGCUCUCUCAGACUGAAGAGAGACACAGAGUCACUGCAAUACACGAGUUUUGAGUUUACGAUUCAUGUGCUCACUGGAACCGAAGCUGGGCUAUUCCUUCUGUCAUCAUUAAGUCUGUGUCUGAUCUUUUCUGAACGAGAAUCCACAGCACUGCUUGUCAUGACAUCUACUCGUCUCUCGACGGGGAAAUGAAAUGACUGAGUGACUAAGGAGAGGAUCGUGGAGUUAAUCCCUAAAAAGGAUAACGGUUACUGAAGCCCAGAAUUGUUCGGGAUUAAAAGUAAUGGACGGAGGUCAACUGUGGCAUGUCUUCACGAUCAAGCUGACACUCCAUUUGGCCACUGAAUGAAACUUUUGAGUCAAGCUUUGUGUGCAAAGGAGGGCAUUUUAUCCAUAGUCAAGAAUUAAAAACUGCAUCUGGAUUAAGUUUUUAUAGUUGGUCUUACUUCCACUUUGCUACAUGUUUGGUGUUUAGACGCUCAAACCCAUUUCCACGGGCACUCUAUCCUCCGAAUGCUGAACAUUGUGGGUGCAUGUUUUCUUGAUCUUCCCUCAGUCACAUUCCUCCUGCAAAAGAGGCAUUACUGUAGUUCUGACUUUUUAGUGAUUUCAUUGACGGUCAUUUGCCCCUCCAUCCAGCUGGUGAAAAUUAUAAAAAUGCUUUGAUUUCCCUUUGUCAUUUCUACUAUUGACAUACUGCUAAGAAGCUUGAAAUAAAUAAAUUGUAGAUAGGACCUCCUAUUUUGUACCCUUGAGACAACAGCUUUGGAAGCAUAACGUAAAAAAGAAAAUGCUCUGGGUGAUGCAGAGGAAACAGAGAGUCCUGACCCUGUUAUGCUUCUUUCUCACCCUGACCACCAUUGUAUUGAGGUAUUCCUACCAUGAGUCCUCCUCCAUGUACUAUCGGAAUAUACUUUAUGGCUGGUUAGACAGCGCCCUGCCCAACAAGCCCUGUGCCUGUGAGCACUGUGUCUCUGAGGCUCAUACUUCUCCCUGGUUUGAUGAGCGUUUCAAUCAAUCCAUCAGGCCCUUGAUGACUGAAAACACUGUGCUGUCUGAAGACACCUACAUAUGGUGGCAGAUGCUUCAGCAGGUGAAGGAUCCUGCUAGCCUCACUGCGGUAAUGAAGGAGCUGUUUAACAUCAUCCCUAGCAAAGAAAUGUACCUGGACUGGGGGGCCUCUCGCUGUAGGAAGUGUGCUGUCGUCGGGAACUCUGGGAACCUCAAGGGAUCCAGUUAUGGCUCCCAGAUUGACCUCAAUGACUUUGUGUUCAGAAUGAACCAAGCUAUAACAGCUGGAUAUGAAAAGGAUGUGGGCAGCAAAACCACUCAUCACUUCAUGUACCCAGAAAGUGCCAAACACCUGCAACCUAAUACCAGCCUGGUACUGAUUCCCUUCAAAACCCUGGACUUGCAGUGGCUCGUGAGUGCGCUGACAACAGGAAACAUCACACAGACAUAUGCUCGAGUUUUAGCCAAAAUCACAGCCAGCAAGGACAAGAUCUUAAUCAUCAACCCAACCUUUUUCAAGUACGUGGAUGAUAACUGGCUUGAAAACCGAGGGAGGUACCCAUCCACUGGAUUUCUGACGUUAAUGUUUGCUGUUCACAUAUGUGAUGAGGUGAAUGUUUAUGGAUUUGGAGCAAACAGUGAGGGCAACUGGCAUCACUACUGGGAGAACAUUGGAGGAGGGUACUUCAGACAAACAGGGGUCCACGAUGGGGACUAUGAAUACAACAUCACCAGAACACUCGCCGAUGUCGGCAAAAUCAACUUCUUUAAGGGGAGUUGAUGAAUUCGUACCUUGUAUAAUUUGGAAUUACUAUCAUAUCUGAUACAUUUAUAUUUAGAGACUUUUAUAAGCUUCAUUAAGCCAAAAUGUGUAUCCCUCUUUUUUAAAAGGAAUAGACAGAAUUAAGUGCAAAUGUGGGGCAGGUGUUAUUGUUGUAGUUGUAUGGAUUGUGGGUGUUCCAUACCAAACAGAUUAUCGUAGUGUGCAUGUUUGCUCUGGGCAGUUUGCAUCCUUGGGUUGUUUUUAUUUCUUCUUAUUUCAUUUUAUAUGAUAUAAUUUAUAUAAUGUUAUGGUGAUCUAAUUUACAGAACAAUAUCGUUCUAGAAUCGUGGCAUACAGUAAUGAUGAAAAAACUGCUGUGAAAGAGUUCUUGGAAAAUAUGAAUUCCUGCAGUAAAGGGAGUGCUGGAAUGAGGAGACUCCUUUUAUUGCAUGGGUUUAAAAGAUGUUAAAAAGUCCAUAAAAGGGUAUAGCUAAUUAAAUAAUCCCAUUAACUCACCUACUGUGCACUUGCAUUGGUUCUGAUGCUUUCCAAUGAGGAGUUCUGAAGUUAAAAAGUUUCAUUAUUUAUAUGACAUAGGCAUUGCAACUCUAAUAGACUAUCUGAAAGUAAGGCAUAAAAAGUGAGCAUUUCUUUAACCAAGCUUGUCAGCAGCAGUCCCUCGCUAAACCGGACAUGCCUGGAGACAGACAGGCUGUCUGAAAUGAGGAGGUGUCUAGUUUAAAAACAGAAAUCGCACACAUACACAAUUAUAGUGCUCAAUUUAUUUGAAAUGCAUAAAUCAUUGCGUUGAAAUAAUAUGAAUGUGUUCUCUGUACACAUUACAUUAUGUAAAAAUAAAAAUCUCUACAGGAGGCACAUACAGUACACUAGUGAAAUCAAAUGAAUGCCUAGCACACUUUCGUUUUACUUCAGCCUCUAGGCUGGACUGGUAACACAAAAUAAAUCAUGCUGCUGCACAGCACUCAUUACUGUACAGUGCUAACAUAAUAACAGAUUAUUUUAAAUUGUAACCAAAUGAUUUGAGCACAUCAUGGUACUGCAUUGGCAUGUUAUAAUACUCUACAGUACCUUACAUAAACUGCACUCACAUUACAUGGAACGUUUUAUCUAUGGGGUCAGUGUACGCAUGGCUGCCAGUAAAACACAUAGCCUAUUUGCUACUUGUGUUUUCGGUUGGUACGAAAUUAAAGACUUCAAAUUCAGAAUUAUAAUUAUUGUAGUCCAUAUUUUACUUCUCAAACCACUGGAUUCCAUCAGUUAGUUUAAACUCUGUAGAGUGUGAGUUUAUAUGCCCUGUUUUACUCGUGUUCUUAAGUUUGAUGAUUUAGUAGCUGCUUGUUCUGUUUAUUUUGGUUCUGUCUGAUUUAGUAGUUACUUGUAUCUGUUCUGUUUAUUUUGGUUCUGUCUGAUUUAGUAGUUACUUGUAUCUGUUCUGUUUAUUUUCGUCCUGUCUGAUUUAGUAGUUACUUGUAUCUGUUCUGUUUAUUUUGGUUCUGUCUGAUUUAGUAGUUACUUGUAUCUCUUCUGUUUAUUUUGGUUCUGUCUGAUUUAGUAGUUACUUGUAUCUGUUCUGUUUAUUUUGGUUCUGUCUGAUUUAGUAGUUACUUGUAUCUCUUCUGUUUAUUUUGGUUCUGUCUGAUUUAGUAGUUACUUGUAUCUGUUCUGUUUAUUUUGGUUCUGUCUGAUUUAGUAGUUACUUGUAUCUCUUCUGUUUAUUUUGGUUCUGUCUGAUUUAGUAGUUACUUGUAUCUGUUCUGUUUAUUUUGGUUCUGUCUGAUUUAGUAGUUACUUGUAUCUGUUGUUUAUUUUCAUCCUGUCUGAUUUAAUAGUUACUUGUAUCUGUUGUUUAUUUUCGUCCUGUCUGAUUUAGUAGUUACUUGUAUCUGUUCUGUUUAUUUUGGUUCUGUCUGAUUUAGUAGUUACUUGUAUCUGUUCUGUUUAUUUUGGUUCUGUCUGAUUUAGUAGUUACUUGUAUCUCUUCUGUUUAUUUUGGUUCUGUCUGAUUUAGUAGUUACUUGUAUCUGUUCUGUUUAUUUUGGUUCUGUCUGAUUUAGUAGUUACUUGUAUCUCUUCUGUUUAUUUUGGUUCUGUCUGAUUUAGUAGUUACUUGUAUCUCUUCUGUUUAUUUUCGUCCUGUCUGAUUUAGUAGUUACUUGUAUCUCUUCUGUUUAUUUUGGUUCUGUCUGAUUUAGUAGUUACUUGUAUCUGUUCUGUUUAUUUUGGUUCUGUCUGAUUUAGUAGUUACUUGUAUCUGUUCUGUUUAUUUUCUUCCUGUCUGAUUUAGUAGUUACUUGUAUCUCUUCUGUUUAUUUUGGUUCUGUCUGAUUUAGUAGUUACUUGUAUCUCUUCUGUUUAUUUUGGUUCUGUCUGAUUUAGUAGUUACUUGCAUCUGUUCUGUUUAUUUUCGUCCUGUCUGAUUUAGUAGUUACUUGUAUCUGUUCUGUUUAUUUUCGUCCUGUCUGAUUUAGUAGUUACUUGUAUCUCUUCUGUUUAUUUUGGUUCUGUCUGAUUUAGUAGUUACUUGUAUCUGUUCUGUUUAUUUUGGUUCUGUCUGAUUUAGUAGUUACUUGUAUCUGUUCUGUUUAUUUUGGUUCUGUCUGAUUUAGUAGUUACUUGCAUCUGUUCUGUUUAUUUUCGUCCUGUCUGAUUUAGUAGUUACUUGUAUCUGUUCUGUUUAUUUUCUUCCUGUCUGAUUUAGUAGUUACUUGUAUCUCUUCUGUUUAUUUUGGUUCUGUCUGAUUUAGUAGUUACUUGUAUCUCUUCUGUUUAUUUUGGUUCUGUCUGAUUUAGUAGUUACUUGCAUCUGUUCUGUUUAUUUUCGUCCUGUCUGAUUUAGUAGUUACUUGUAUCUGUUCUGUUUAUUUUCUUCCUGUCUGAUUUAGUAGUUACUUGUAUCUGUUCUGUUUAUUUUGGUUCUGUCUGAUUUAGUAGUUACUUGUAUCUGUUCUGUUUAUUUUCGUCCUGUCUGAUUUAGUAGUUACUUGUAUCUCUUCUGUUUAUUUUGGUUCUGUCUGAUUUAGUAGUUACUUGUAUCUCUUCUGUUUAUUUUGGUUCUGUCUGAUUUAGUAGUUACUUGUAUCUCUUCUGUUUAUUUUGGUUCUGUCUGAUUUAGUAGUUACUUGUAUCUGUUCUGUUUAUUUUCGUCCUGUCUGAUUUAGUAGUUACUUGUAUCUCUUCUGUUUAUUUUCGUCCUGUCUGAUUUAAUAGUUACUUGUAUCUGUUCUGUUUAUUUUGGUUCUGUCUGAUUUAGUAGUUACUUGUAUCUGUUCUGUUUAUUUUGGUUCUGUCUGAUUUAGUAGUUACUUGUAUCUGUUCUGUUUAUUUUGGUUCUGUCUGAUUUAGUAGUUACUUGUAUCUGUUCUGUUUAUUUUCUUGGGUGUCAGUAUAAUAGCCAGGUUGAUUUUUCAGUGUGUCUCUUUGGAUCAUGCAAUAUUUAUAUAAAUGAUUUAUGCUUCUGAAUCUAUACAUAAUGAAUAGAAGUGCAUGACAGGCAGGGUUUAUGGAAUUAGUUCAUUAGCUACGACCCAUUCAUUGUUGCUGAAGAGUGAGUAUUAGCACUUGUGUAUUAAAAGCCCUAACAUUAGAAUAAGAAGGUGUGUCUGGGUUGAAGGCGUUGCCUUCAAGCUUCAGUCUCCCCUGAAUGUCUGGGCUCGAAUCUCAUAUUAUUAUGAUUGUUAUUAAUAAUAAUAAUCAUAAUAAUAAUAAGAUGUGAUAUUAGAUGGCCAAGUUAAACUAGGCACAAUUGGGACUAACAUUUUUUAAGUGAAUAUGUGCUUAAAUACAAGUUGGGGUAAGUCCUGUAAGUCUGUACUCAGUCCUUUGGUCACUUGGCACUUGAUCUAGAAAUCAUCUCUUUCAGUAGUUGGGACAAACACCAAUCACAACAUGUUUUAGUACAAAUAUUUGAAUAAUAUAAGAAUAAUGCAGAGUAUGCAAAAUGACACAGAAGUAUGUUAACUUGGUUUGAGGGCUCGCUGCCUGGCCGACUGGACGAGGUGGAGACCCCCAUAGAUAAAACCACAAUUUUUAAAAGAGGUGGAGGUGGGGAGGUGGUGGGUAUAUGAUGAAAUCAAAACGCAAAUUAGAAGUGAAGAGGGUAUUUAUAGUGCAAACAAUCUAAUGAGCUAAUGUGUAAAUUGAAUGAUUCAAUUCGGUGACGCGGAGAUUGGCGUCUUACCCUCCUCCCGAACUUUAGUUAUAAACUUUAUUUAUACUGUAAGGGUGAGGAUGGCUUUACUUCUUUAACUUGGCUUAUUGAGUGCAUUUGAAAUGUGUGGAUCAAAUCUUGGCUAUCAUUCUUAUUAAUAUUGGCUUCAGUCAUCAGAUGCUGAAGGGGUUAACUUACCUAUACAGUAAAUGGUAGAUUUUACAAAGACAUUUUGAGAAACAAUUGAAGAAAACAGGAGAUUAAGAGGCAUUUUGUAGUAGUUUUUCUGUAUUCUGUAUUUCCUGUCUAGUUUGCACUAGGACAGACGGCAGUGUGUUUUAGUACUGUAGUGUUCCCACCCAUUCCAUCCACACGCUAUAGGGUUACAGACAGUCCUUGUAGUAAUGCAGAGACGUAAUUCCAGGCAUUGCAGACAUGAAGAAAGCGCUCCUGGCAUCUUCCAUGUGACUGGAAUCACAUAUGAACUGCAGGACCUGCAGGAAAGUGCAAGCUAAGCACCAGCAAGUGCAAUUCUUGGAAGAAAAUGCAGAAAUGCUGUGCGUGUGGAGGUUACUGCACAGUACCUGAGCCACAUUGGAUCAAUAUCGCUGUAAGUGCCUUAUGAACCUAUCAGGAUUGUAAAUGGCUGAUAGUUGUGCAACAGCCCCUAUAUAUAAACCCUGUAAAUGUUAAAACGAUGAAGAAAACUGUAUGUGAGGACUCUUAAUCAGCAUGCUAUGACAGUGAUUACUGUUCAUAGGUCUAACUCAACGCCAGUGUCCCAGUCUGCAGUUCUUAAUGCUCCGGGGUCAAGCCUAGGCGCAAUCCUCUGUUGUUCGUUGACUUGUUCAUCAGAGUGCAGCUGCUGCAAAAUCACUGAUGAGUGACCCUCCUCUGUGGAGGGAAGGCCAGAGAAACAAGCACAUGUAGAAGUGCAUGCCAUAUGAGCCAAUGCUGGUCAAAUAAAGAGCAUACACACUGUCCCUGAGGGAGUGGGCACUGGAUUACCUGGGAGAGAUUCUGUCCCAUAUAAACCUCCACGCCUAGCAAAGGUAAACUUGAAAAGGAGAGGGGAAAGUACAUUUACUUAUAAUGCCCCCACAUUGUGGAACUCAUUGCCCUUUUCUAUUAGACAAUAUUUUUAAAUCAAGAUUAAAGAUACUUUUAGUUUAGCUUUUGUUAAUCUGAUUUACAAACAUAAUUGUUUGUAUCUAUUGUAUUUGCUUCUUGUAAUUUUGUGUAAUCAAUCAUUCUUAUUAAUCUCUUGUCUUCUUCAAUUGUUUUAAUUUGUUUUAAUUAUUAUUUGUAGCUAUUGAUAUUAAAAUCACUUGAAAUUGAAUUACUGGUGAGGAUACAAUAAAAACAUCAUUAA